AUGAAUGCAAGUAAGCUUUUAGAUGGAAGUCGUUUGGUUUUGGGAAGUCGAUUAAAAAGACACCAGCUUUCAUCUAAAAGAAUCAGCAUCAAGGCCGCGCUAACUUUUUCAAACAGGCCCACUAGGCCUAGUGUGGCCCUAGGGGAUGACCAGGCUCUUGGAUGUAACACCAGCAACUUCCAUACUUCGGGUGUAAUACGUCGGAAGACCAUGGCGAGAGUAAUAAAGUUGCUAAGUCGCGCUUUGCACGACAUAUCUGGUGUGGCGGGUACGAUCCGCUCUGCUGAGGCGACGCCUGAACAGAUACGAGCUCGACACAGUCGCUGCGGUAAUAGAGGAGCGGGAGGAGGAGGAGGAAAAGCCAUUACUAUGAAAAACUUGAACCCCAACAUUGUGAAGCUGGAGUAUGCUGUUCGUGGUCCCCUUGUUAUCCGCGCCGGAGAAAUAGCUAAGGAGCUCGCGAAGGGCGCUAAGAAGCCGUUCAAGGCUGUGACCUCUGCCAACAUCGGGGACGCUCAUGCCAUGGGACAAAAACCCAUCACCUUCAUAAGACAGGUGCUGGCUUGCGUGGCUCACCCCGCACUGCUCAACUACGAGAAGUUUCCCAGCGACGUGAGACAGAGGGCCAAAAAUAUCCUGUCCGGAUGUGGUGGCAGAUCAGCCGGGUCCUACACCUCGUCCUACGGCAUAGACCAGAUCAGAAAACACGUCGCCGAGUACAUAGAAUGUCGUGACGGACAUAAGUGCAAGAUGGAUGAUUGUGUCCUCACCGGGGGAGCCUCUAGUGGCAUCAAGAAUUGUCUGCAGUUGCUGGUCAAUCAGGUCAGAGGGAAGGACACAGGAGUCCUGAUCCCAAUCCCGCAGUAUCCUCUAUACUCGGCCUCACUGGCAGAGUAUGGCCUAGGCCAGGUGGGGUAUUACCUCGACGAGGACAAGAACUGGGCCCUGAACGUUUCCGAACUGGAGCGGGCCUUUAAAGAAGGCAGUGAAUGUUAUGCCGUCAGAGCUAUGGUCGUUAUCAACCCUGGAAAUCCUACUGGACAGGUGCUAACACGUAAGAAUAUGGAAAAGGUCAUAAAGUUCGCACACAAGAAGAACUUGAUUCUGUUCGCUGACGAAGUGUACCAGGACAACAUAUACGAUAAGAACAGCAGUUUCCACUCCUUCAAGAAGGUGAUAACAGAGAUGGGUUCUCCAUACAAAGACAUGGAACUAGCAUCGUUCAUGUCUAUAAGCAAGGGGUAUAUGGGCGAGUGUGGUCUCCGAGGCGGCUGGAUGGAGCUGGUGAACCUCGAUCCUGAUGUGAAAGCCAACUUGUUCAAGGCCCUAUCGGCUAUGCUUUGUCCCAGUUCUUUGGGCCAAGCUGCCUGUGACUGUGUAGCAAAACCUCCAAAUGAAGGGGAACCAUCCUUCGACCUCUGGUGUCAAGAGAAGACAGAAGUACUGGAUUCGCUUAAAAGAAGAGCCAAGAUGAUCGUGGAGACCUUCAACAAAAUGGAGGGUUUCAAAUGUAACAUAGUACAGGGCGCGAUGUACGCCUUCCCGAAAAUCCAACUGCCGGCCAAGGCCAUCGAGGCUGCAAAGAAGAAGAAAAUGGUUCCUGAUGCUUUCUACGCACGCGAAUUGCUUGAAGAGACAGGUAUCUGCAUAGUGCCAGGGUCUGGGUUCGGUCAGAAGCCAGGCACGUACCACUUCCGAACCACUAUUCUACCGCAGACGAAGCAGCUCAAACUUAUGCUAGACAGUUUCAGGGAUUUUCACCAAAAGUUCAUUAAGAAGUACGGGUAA